AUGUCAAUCUCUUGUUCACGCAGUCUGGCCGAUAUCCGUGCCGAACAGGCAGACAACCUCGAUCGUCUGCGUUCAACACUUGAGACCAUGAAUCUGAAAGACUUAGUGCCAAUACUUGUGGCAAGGAACGUAUUGAAAUCCUACGAAAUGGGUGCAGUCUACGCGAAGGAAUCCACUCAAGCACAGGUGGAUGCGUUGAUCUGCUUGCUUAAGACGAAAAAUCACUGGGUUGGACCAAUGACUGACGCUCUCAUCAGAAAUGGACAGGCGCCGGUGGCAAAGAUGCUCCUUCAAAUGCAGCAGACCAGCUCCGCUUGA